AUUUGCGGUUCUAUCGUUGCCUAAAGCUCAAUUUUAUCAGCAAACCUGUAUUAUCGCAUUUCUGUCAAUCAGUUGUGUGUCAAAGUCAUCAACACCAAGUGUACGACAGUUCGUGCAUCGUCAGCCAACUGAGAACAAUGGGGUCGAGCAAUCGGCCCUUAUCAUCUUGGCUGUCACUAGCUACUCUUAUUGCUACUCUGGCUGUUGUGAGCCAAUGCAUCGAGAUGCUGGAGAUGGAUGCGCAUGCGUCGUUGACCUUCUGCGAGACUCAUGUACUUCCUCGAGGAUACAAUUGCAAAGAGCAUGAGGUAUAUUCCGAGGAUGGUUACAUGCUUCGUCUGCAUCGUGUUAUACCUCCGGGCAACCUGCACAAGUCUGUGUGGGAAUGGCUGGAGCCGGAGCUCCGACAUAAGCACAAGGGGCCCUUCCCUGGGUUUAAGAAACCACAGCCAGCUCCUGAGGCUGUACCCUUGUACACAAGUCCUAGCAGCAGGUCAGAAAGUCCACCAUCUCCAAGUCCUCCUUCCUCCUCCUCGCCUCCAGGUGAAGGAGCAUAUGGAGGACCAUCCCCGCCGUCGUCCUCCUACUCUCCACCUGGUGGAUAUGGAGGUCCCAGUCUUCCGUCCUCCUCCUCGCCUCCAAGUGAAGGCGCAUACGGAGGAUCAUAUUCGCCCUCGUCCUCCUACUCCCCGCCCGGUGGAUAUGGAGGUCCCACUCCUUCUGCGUUCUCCCCACCAGGCGCAAGCACAUAUGGAGGAUCGAACUCAGCUCCAUCGUCUUACUCUCCCCCGGCAGCCGCUGGUUAUGGGGCACCCAGUCCCGCCGGGUCUAGGAACUCACCACCAAGUGCCGGCGCAAUAGGAGGAGGAUCUCCAUCUCCCACGCCCUUCAACCCUCCUCCUGCCUCUGGCGGAUAUGGAGCAACGAGUCCUCCUGGGACGGAGCCAUACGGAGGAGUAUCCACGCCGCCGCCUUCAUACUCUAAUCCCACUCCCUCAGAAUCAAACUCUCCACCAGGUGCAGGGAAUUACGGAGAAGGAUCGUCAGCACCAUCCACAUCUGCUCUCUCCCCACCACCUGGUGGAUCCGGAUACGGAGGCUCGCCACCAUCGUCAACGAGCUCUUCACCGAAUGGGUCAGUAGGAUCUACUUCCAGUUCCAGUGCUGAAUGUCCACCUGGCUUGUCCUCGCCGAACAUUGCAAGGAGGGGACUUACUAGCAGCAAUGGCCGAGAGCAACCUCGGACUCGAACCCGAAAUGCAGAACUCGUCGACCGGGACCCGGUUCUGCUCAUGCACCACGAGCUUCUCAACGGGGGCAGCUGGUUCACGCCCGUGGCCACUGAGAACGACACUCUACUCCCGCUCAGGCUCGUGGACCAAGGCUUCGAUGUGUGGAUCGAUCACGAGCGGGCGACGCUCUGGAGCCACGAGCAUCGGAAGCUUACUCCCAACGAUGCUGCGUACUGGAACUGGACUUGGGAUCAGCGCGUAGAGCAGGACGUUCCGAAGCUGCUGGCAUACAUCAGCGACGAGACUGGCUCCAGAGUGCAUUACGUCGGCGUCUCUCUGAGCGCUGCAGUCGGGGCAGCCGCAGCCACGAACGCGGGCGUCGCCAGUUUCAUGAAAACUCUGACUCUGAUAGCUCCCGCCUUCUAUCGGGGGAAGACUUCUUCAGAGUUCCUGCAAGCCUGGGAUCCUAUUCUAUUUCCCUCGGCUUUUGGCACGAGCGACGACGAAUGGCACGACCGCAGGCUCGGUGCGUUCAACUUUCCGAGGGAGUUUCAUCUAGAUGCCAUUCCAUUGACCAGCCCCGCUAUUCAUCUGCGGUUCGCCAUCUCGGGCCCCGAGUGCUGUCUGGGUCCGAGUGUGCUCUCGCUCGCCAAAAGGUGGGAUGGAGUGACGUCGUACAAGAAUCUCCAGCACCUCUAUCAGGGAAUCUCCACGAAUACAUUUCAGCACUUCGACUACGGGUCCGCAGCCUUCAAUGCCCUGGCAUACGAGGGCAAAACCGACCCUCCGACUUACGAGCCGAAAGAUAUGCCCGGCGACCUGCCGAUGUUAGUGGUGUACGGAGGGCAGGAUUUAUACUCGCCUCCCGAAGGUGUGCUCGAAUUUAUGAGCUUGACACAGACUAUGCCCUAGUCAGUGUACCUGCCUCACUACGCACAUUUCGACCUAUCACUAGCCUGCACCGAGCGGACAUUAUCAAUAGAACUUGCAAAUGUAAGCUGUAUCUUCGAAAACAUACUGAUUGAUCUAAAUCAGUAUGUUUUCGAAGAUACAGCUUGAACCUUUAGAGCUGUCACCCGAGGCUUCAGAGCAACGUCUCCUUCUGUCAACCGCAAAAUCAACUGCUUUUGAAAUUUUUCCUUAACCAGAAUCGUUAGAUAUCCUCUCAACCGUUUUCAUGAAGUCCAGAUCUGGUGCAAGAAGUAUACCUUGCCGUUUGACCGCUACUAGCCGUAAACAAAUGUCUCUUCAUCCUCCAUGGCGAGCUUGAGAUGGAUCGGUCCAAAAUAAGCCUGCAUUGGAAUUACUAAUCGUUCUAAAACAUGGAUAGCAUUUCAAAUAUUUUGAACCAAGGAAAACUUGAAAUGGAUGUUUGUUCCUUCAGAGUGAAUUCAGCUGCUGGAAUCUCCUGGAUCUAAACUCGGUUUGCGGACCGAGAUCCGUGUGUGAAUUCAGCCAGAGUAUUCAUUAGCAGGCACUCCAUGUCAUGGAGACAAAUCCAAGUCAAAGGAUAAAUAACGCAUAUUCGAAUUAC